AUGUCCCAUGAUUCCGUGUUGCGGCUGUCCACGUCAAGCUCUGUCUGUGACAACACAGCACCGAGCUGAGAUGGCAGACCUAGUACUUUAUCUGAAACGGUAUAUACAUACACGAUAAAGACAACUGAUAUAAUAGACCGGAUAAUCUUCUCAUUAAUGUUACGCGGAUGAUCUAGUGUCGAAGUUUGUUUAGAUUCGUAAAUCCACGGGAUCAAUUUGACUGCAAGUGAGUGACACAUUCAGCUAGCAAGUCUACGUUAGCAUACCAGCUAACUAGCUGUCCGGCCAACUACUGUAGCUAGCUUGACAACCAGUUUCACUCUACCAAAUUGACAACUUCACAAAGGUGACAAAGCUAGUUUUAAGAAGUGCUGAAUUGUCUGAAGGUAGGGUCGAAGUUGAUCGCCACCUUAUCAGCUAACUAGCUAGCCUAGCCAGUGUUGGGCCUUUUUGUUAUUGUUUAGCUAGCUUACUAGCUAACGUUAGUUAUUCUCAAAGAUGUCAUCGUGGCUGGGUGGACUGGGCUCCGGCCUGGGCCAGUCUCUCGGCCAGGUCGGGGGAAGCCUCUCCUCAUUCACCGGACAAAUAUCAACCUUCACCAAAGAUAUGCUUCUGGAAGGAGUUGAAGAAGUUGGAGAUGCUUCCACCGAGCUGCUGGUGUCCAGUUCUAAGCACGAGCAAGUGGAGGCUGAGUACGUGCGUUUAAAGAGGAUCCAUGCCGAGCUGGAGGAGAAGCUGGAGGCCUCAGAGAUCCAGAAUAAACAGCAGUCAGCUGAGUACAGGACCAUGAUGCAACAGAAAGAUGUGGAGGUCAGUCACCUGAAAGCCCGUCAGAGUGGACUACAGGAAGAGGUUCAGAAACUACAGCGCUCUGCUCAAUCGGCUACUUCCGACUCUGCCGUACUUCCUGUCACCACCGCCGCCUCCUCCUCCUCCACCACCACCGCCUCUUCCUCUUACAUGUCCCGCCCCCUGGGGGCCCCCCACCACCACCAGGGUUUCCAUGGCAGCGACGAGAUGGACUUCGGUGACGUGAUCUGGUCCCAGCAGGAGAUCAACCGUCUGUCUACGGAGGUGAUGAGGCUGGAGGCUGAGGUCUCCCAUUGGAGACGCGUGUCUCAGGCAUCCGUAGCCCCAGGGGCAGGAAACGGUGACCAGGGAGAAGUCCUGAAGCUUCAGAGGAUCAUCAAGGAGCUGCGUGAGGAGAUGGGUCGUGAGGUAGAUGAGCACCAGCAUGAGUUAGCAGCUCUGCAGGACGCUCAGAGACAGAAGAUGGCCGACGUCAUCCGGCGCCACCGGGACGAGCUGGCAGAGUACGAGGAGAGGAUAGAGGAGCUGGAGGAACAGAAACAGACUGGAGGAGAGGAGGAGGAACAGACUGGAGCUUCUAGUUCAGCCACAGCCAACGCUCUUCAGGAGUCCUCCAUACUCUCAGACCUCCAGGACACUAUCCAGUCCCUGCAGGAGGCAGCGAAGGAGCGGCUGAACGAGGAGCAGGAUGAGCAGCUGAAGGAGCUGACAGCUAACCUGGAGGAGGCAGGGAAGAGACAGGCCACGCUGCAGCAGGAGAAAGAGGAGGCGCAGGCAGAGAACGCUGAGCUGCUGCAGAACUACACUCGACUGCAGACGUCUGUCACAGAGCUCCAGUCACGUGUCCAGGAACAGGAGGGGAAAGCCCGGAACAAGGCUCAGCUAGACCAGGAGAUACAGGGGCUGAGGAAUGCUCUCGCAGGUGCAGAGAAGGAGAUCUCUCGGCUGAAGAGUGUUCAGAGUGAAACAAAGAUGGAGUUGGAACACGCUGACAUUCUAGAACUCAACACCGUCAUCGGGACGUUGAGGAAGGAGACGGUGGGUGUUUUGGAACAGAGUGAAACAAAGAUGGAGGUGGAACACGCUGACAUUCUAGAACUCAACACCGUCAUCGGGACGUUGAGGAAGGAGACGAGGAAUCUACAGGAGAGGCUUGCCAGGGCCGAGGAGAGAGUGGAGGCAGACAGCCUUGAUGGAGGGGAGUCGUCCCCAUCCGCCACAGAGCAGCUAUCAGGGCUGAGGGCAGAGCUCGAGAAGAGCGAGCAGUCGUUGAGCGACAUCCAGGAGGAACGAGAUACCCUCCUCAACGAACUGGACGAACUGGACCGACAGAACCAGCAGGCUACACAGCAUGUCAUCUCGGUGAAGGAGCAGCUCUCUGUUCAGCUGAAGGAAUCUGAAGCUGUUGUGGCUCGGCUCCAAUCAGAGCUCAGUACCACCGCCGACCAGAGGGUGGCGCUGCAGCAAGAGCUAAAGGCCCAGCAGGAGAAACUGAGCCACAGUGCCUUCACUCUCAAUGAUCUACACAUGGGCAAGCAGCAGCUGGAGGACACCGUUAAGGAGCUGAGAGACAAACUUGGACGGGCAACAGAGAUGGGCAAAGAGGCACGCAGGGAGACCCAGGAGUUCCAGAGAACCAUACAGGAGAGGGAGGAGCAGCUGUCGGCUGCCCGGGCAGAGCUGUGUGAGGCUGGGGAGAGAGGGAGAGAAUCCGGGGCGUCCAUAGAGCAGCUGGAAGUGCUCAGGAGAGAACUGGCAGAGAUGAGGAGCUCCCAGGAGAAGAUGAUGUCAGAAGACUACGAGAUGAAGAUGGAGAAGCAGAGGCUGAAGACGGAGGCUGAGCAGGCCCAGGGGAGGAUAGAGGAGCUGGCCAGGCAGGUCAGGGAGGUCCAGGCUGCUCUCACCAGGACCGUCCUGGAGAAGGACACUCGUAUCAAGGCUCUGAAGCUGGAGAAGAGCCAGCUGGAAGGGGAACUGGGCCAGGCAGAGAAGGGCCUGCAGGAGCAGACCAGGCAGUACCAGCAGACCAUCGAGGAGCUGACCGCUGCUCGCUCCAUGGACGCCUCGGCACUACAGACGGAGCAUGAGCGGACAGUGAGGCUGAAUCAGGAGAAGGAUCUGGAGAUAUCCCAGCUUAAAAGAGACGUGGAGCAGAUGUCCUCCGACCACAGAGACACCAACGAGAUGCUGUCCAUCACCGUGGCAGGACAGAAACAGCUGUCCGACCUCCUCCAGGAGAAGGACUCCUUCACGGAGAGUCUGAGAGCCAACAUGGCCGCCACCCAGAGGGAGCUGGAGGCCGGGGUCCAGGCAGCCACCCAGGAGGCUGAGACCCUGAGAGGAGCUCUGGAGGAGAAGGACAAGCAGCUGGGAGGCAUGAAGGAAGACAACAGCCACCUGAAGGAGGAGAUCGAUCGCCUCAGGGACCAGCAGAACAGACCCCAGCCCUCCGGCCUGUCCGAGCCACGCACCCUGGACAUCAUCACAGAACUGGAGAAUGAGAUCAGCCAGCUGAAGAGCACCAGAGACGGACUGGAGGAGGAGGGCCACUCCCUGAAGAGGAGAGUGGAGGAGCAGCGAGGUCACCUCCUCUCCUCCCAGCAGUCUCUCCUGGCGCAGCAGAAUGAGUUGGAGCAGGCCCACCAACGCCACGAGCAGAGCAGAGAGAACUACGAUAGGCUGAUCCACGCCAAGGACGAGGAGAUUGGGCGCCUGCAGCAGGAAGUAGAUCACCUCGGCCACACCCACUCCUCCCAGGAACAGGAAGUGGUCAUCCUCCAACAGGAAGACAAGACCCAGUCGUCCCUGAAUAACGGAGAGAACGACAACGAGAAACAUGACCUGUCAAAGGUGGAGAUAAACCGUCUGGUGAAGGGCAUCAAGGAGAAGGAGACUGAAAUCAGCCAGCUGAAUGAGAAGAACCUGAACCUGACCAGACAGCUGGCCCAACUGGUGGUCUCCAGAGAGGAGAUUGGGAAACUCUCCCAGAUGCUCUUGCAGAAGGACCUGGAGAUCCAGGCACUGCAUGCUAGAGUCUCCCUGGGGGGCCACAGCCAGGACGUGAUGUUCCUCCAGCAGCAACUGCAGGCUUACGCCGUGGAGAGAGAGCAGGUGCUGGCGGUGCUGAAUGAGAAGACGAGGGAGAACAGUCAGCUGAGGGGGGACUACCAGCGCAUCAUGGACAUUGUAGCAGGGAAGGAAGCUGUGCUCCUCAAGGUCCAGCAGGAGAACCAGAGGUUGUCCACCAUGUCUGACCCCUCAGGCAGCCAGGAGAUGUUCAGAGAGACCAUCCAGAACCUGUCCCGGAUCAUCAGAGAGAAGGACAUUGAGAUCGACGCGCUGACCCAGAAGUGCCAGACCCUGGUGUCCGUGCUGCAGGCAGGAGACUCUGGAGGCGUCAGCUCCAACCAGUUUGAAGAGCUGCUGCAGGACAGGGACACAUUGAAACAACAGGUGAAGAAGAUGGAGGAGUGGAAGAUGCAGGUGAUCACCACGGUAAAGAACAUGCAGCAUGAAUCUGGACAGCUGGUAGAGGAGCUCCACAAGCUACAGGGACAGGUGGAUGCAGACAACGACUGCACCUCGACUCUCUCCGUGGACUACAGCCGUCUGAUCCACAGCUAUGAGCAGAAGGAGAGGAAGCUCGGCAGUCUCAGUCACGAACUAGCCCACGUCCAACAGACCAUCAGCCAGCUGAGCAGUACUAAAGAUGUCCUUCUGGGGAAACUGGACAGUGUGGCGCAGAGUCCCCAAGUCACCCCACUGUCUGCUGCCCUGACAUCUACUGCCCAGCAUCCUGCUGCAGUGGAACCUCCCAGACACCAGGUGGCAGCACCUGCAACACCAGGGAACCAGGAAGGACUGAGACAGGAGUUGGAGUCUCUGAGAGCCCUCCUGUCUGAGAGGGAGACUGUGAUCAGGACCUUGCAGGAGAAUAACCACCGUCUGUGUAACUCAGCCCAGGUGUCAGACAGCGAGCAGCGAGGCCAGGCCGAGGAGGCCAGACAGGUCAGAGAGAGACUGGACGUUAUGCAGCGCUCUGUCAGGGAGAAAGACCUGCUCAUCAAGACUAAAGGAGAUCAACUCACCCAGGUGAGUGAGAGCCUGAGGAACCGUGAGAGCGACAACGAGGUGUUAAAACAGGCCGUGACCAACCUGAAGGAGCGAGCUCUUAUCCUGGAGAUGGAUACCAGGAAGCUGAAGGAUGAGAACGAGGCUGUGGCCCAGCGGAGCCGGGAGAAGGAGUCAGAGUUCAGAGCCCUGCAGGAAACCAACAUGCAGGUGUCCCUCCUCAUGAGGGAGAAGGAGUUUGAGAGGAGCGCCAUGUCGGAGAAGGCUGCCGCCAUGGAGAAGAUGCUCAAGGAUAGAGAACAGGGCAACAGCCAGAAGUCUGGAGAGCUCAACCAGCUCCUGAACGAGCUGAGGUCCAUGCAGGAGAAAGCUGUGGCCUUCCAGCAGGAGAGAGACCAGGUCAUGCUGGCUCUCAAACAGAAACAGAUGGAGACGACAGCCGUACAGACAGAGCUGCAGCAUGUGAAGGACAGAGAGCAGCGGUUGAAGUUGGAGCUGGACCGACUACGUAACCACCUGCUGGAGAUAGAGGAGUCCUACACACGGGAGGUCCUAGCCGCGGAGGACAGGGAGGCGGAGCUACGCAAGAGAGUCACGCUAUUGGACGACAGACUGGCCACUUCCUCCAGUCAGGUGGAGAGCACCAGCCACCAGGCGUCUCUCCAGGUGGAGUCUCUCCAGGAGCAGCUGAGUGGAACGGUGAGGCAGAGAGACGAGGCCUUGACUCAGCUCAGAGCAGCACGGGACCAGGUCAACCAGCACGCCGUGUCCCUGUCCAACCUGCAGAUGGUGCUAGAGCACUUCCAGCAAGAAGAGAAAGCCAUGUAUUCGUCAGAGCUCGAUAAAUACAAGAGAGAGAAGGACGAGUGGAGAAGAAAAGCACUUAAACUGGAGGACAUGACCUCAGCACUUCAGAUCAACCUAGAUGAGGCUAAUGCUGCUCUGGACUCAGCCUCCAGACUCACUGACCAGCUGGACCUAAAGGAAGAACAGCUAGAAGAGCUCAAUGUUACAGUUGAUGUGAGGCAGGAGAUGUUGGAAGAGUCUCAGGACAAGUUGAUGAACCUGCUGAAUAGCACAGAGGGGCAAGUAGACCAGGCUCUGAUGCGGAACCUGUUCAUGGGAUACUUCCACACCCCGAAACCCAAACGCUCCGAGGUGCUGAGGCUCAUGGGUAGUGUCCUGGGACUGGACAAGGAUGAGGUCAACCAGCUGCUGGAGGAGGAGGGAGGCCAUGGUGUCGGCGGCUGGGUGUCCGGCUGGUUGGGAGGCAGAGCUGUACAGAGUGUCCCCAACACACCACAGAGACCUGGAGCAGGACAGGGGGGCUUCAACAACUCGUUCUCUGAGAUGUUUGUAAAGUUCCUGGAGGUGGAGUCUAGGCCGGCGCUCCCUGCCCCCAGACUUCCUGUCUAUGACAUCAAACCUCUCAGUGCUCCGCCUCCUGGGAGGUCCACCAGCUCAGCCUGGGCUCAACAACCAGAAGGAGGGGCGGCAGCCGGCAGGGGACAGAGAGCAGCCGGGGAGUCCAACCCUUUCCUGGCUCCCCGCUCUGCGGCCGUACCGCUGAUGCAUCAUGGGAGCGGUAGUUCCAGUGCUUCGGGAGGACACCACCACCUCCUAAUGAAACCCAUCUCAGACAACCUGCCUACCUUCACCCCCGUGCCCGUCUCCGCUGAGAGCGGCGGGCAGGUGCUCAAAGACUUACUCAAGCAGUGAUUGGAGCCACGGCCUGUCACUCAAAGCUCCUCAUCCAAUCAGGAGGAGCGUAUACACAGACUGAGAUGGAGGAGGACCGUUAUUACUGUGUAGUACUUUCUUCCAACAGUCCCUCAGUGAUGGUUCUACUAACUUCUGCACAGGAUGAGGGUUCUACUAACUUCUGCACAGGAUGAGGGUUCUACUAACUUCUGCACAGGAUGAGGGUUCUACUAACUUCUGCACAGGAUGAGGGUUCUACUAACUUCUGCACAGGAUGAGGGUUCUACUAACUUCUGCACAGGAUGAUGGUUCUACUAACAUCUACACAGGAUGAUGGUUCUACUAACAUCUACACAGGAUGAUGGUUCCUCUAACCUCCAAACAGCAGGACGUGUCAUGCAGACCCUCUCUGAUUUAACUGUCAGUUUGUUGUCGGGUUGAUAUUUCGUUGACACUAUUAAAGUUAAAGGGGAAAUCUGCGUUGGUACAUACGUUUUUGGUUGUUUGAGCGACAGAUUGCCGCUUUAAGGAGAUGAGGUAGAAUCAGGACUUGCUGUUCAAUGCCUGCAGUGUCCCUCCCACUCAGUGUCCCUCCCACUCAGUGUCCCUCCCACUCAGUGUCCCUCCCACUCAGUGUCCCUCCCACUCACUCGGUCUUUGUAACUUUGUCUGCCACGGUAUAUUGCUAACGAGGAGACGGUGUGUGUGUGUGAAUGACUCCUGGGUAUAGCUGUGUCAUGUGACGCGUAUGUGAUUGAAGGAGAACAUCUCUUCUAAAUAUGACUGGUUGGACAAUUGGGGGAUGUAGGACUUUCUAAAUGUUAUGUUUUUUCUAUUCUUUCAUUUUAGCCAUAGGCCUUCAGGAUAAUCUGUCUGAUCUGGCAAAAUGGCACCCUAAUCCCUAUGAUCCCUACCAGAGCCUUGGUCAAAUAUAGUACACUGUAGGGAAUAGGGUGCUAUUUGGACACAUAACACUGCUGUGUGUAUUCAACAUGCAGUGCUAUACAUAUAUAUAUAUAUAUAUACAUACACACACACACACAGUAUCAGUCAAAAGUUUGGACACACCUACUCAUUCAAGGGUUUUUCUUUAUAUUUACUAUUUUCUACAUUGUAGAAUAUUAGUGAAGACAUCAAAACUAUGAAAUAACACACGUGGAAUCAUGUAGUAACCAACAAAAGUGUUAAACCAAUCAAAAUAUAUUUUAGAUUCUUCAAAGUAGCCACCUUUUGCCUUGAUGACAGCUUUGCACACUCUUGGCAUUCUCUCAACUAGCUUCACCUGGAUUGCUUUUCUAACAGUCUUGAUUGAGUUCCCACAUGUGCUGAGCACUUGUUGGCUGCUUUUCCUUCACUCUACAGUCCAACUCAUUCCAGGUCAUCUGAUGCAGCAAUCCAUCACUCUCCUUCUUGGUCAAAUAGCCCUUACACAGCCUCGAGGUGUGUUGGUUCAUUGUCCUGUUGAAAAACAAAUGAUACGCCCACUAAGCGCAAACCAGAUGGGAUGGCGUAUCGCUGCAGAAUGCUGUGGUAGCCAUGCUGGUUAAGUGUGCCUUGAAUUCCAAAUAAAUCAGACAGUAAAGCACCAUCACACCACCUCCUCCUCCAUGCUUCACGGUGGGAACCACACAUGCGGAGAUCAUCCGUUCACCUUCUCUGCGUCUCACAAAGAAAGACACGGCUGUUGGAACCAAAAAUCUCAAAUUUGGACUCAUCAGGGCAACGGACGGAUUUCUCUAAUGUCCGUUGCUCGUGUUUCUUGGCCCAAACAAGUCUUCUUAUUAGUGUCCUUUAGUAGUGGUUUCUUUGCAGCAGUUCGACUGAAUGCCUGAUUCACCCAGUCUCCUCUGAACAGUUGAUAUGUCUUACGUGAACUCUGUGAAGCAUUUAUUUGGGCUGCAAUUUCUGAGGCUGGUAACUAAUGAUCUUAUCCUCUGCAGCAGAGGUAACUCUGGGUCUUCCUUUCCUGUGGCGGUCCUCAUGAGAGCCAGUUCCAUCAUAGCGUUUGAUCAUUUUUGCCACUGCACUUGAAAAACAAAUGUAAGUUCUUGAAAUGUUCUGUAUUGAUGGGCCGUCAUGUCUUAAAGUGAUGAUGGACGGUCGUUUCUCUUUGCCUAUUUGAGCUGUUCUUGUCAUAAUAUGGACUUGGUCUUUUACCAAAUAGGGCUACCUUCUGUAUACCACCCCUACCUUGUCACAACACAACUAAUUGUCUCAAACACAUUAAGAAGGAAAGAAAUUCCACAAAUUCACUUUUAAAAAGUCACACCUGUUAAUUGAAAUGCAUUCCAGGUGACUACCUCAUGAAGCUGGUUGAGAGAAUGACAAGAGUGUGCAAAGCUGUCAUCAAGGCAAAAGGGUGGCUACUUUGAAGAACAUAAAAUAUAUUAGAAUUUUUUUAGCACCUACACGAUUCAUUAUUUGUUGUUUUAUAGUUUUUGAUGUCUUCACUCUUAUUCUACAAUGUAGAAAAUAGUAAAAAAUACAUUUUAAUAACCUUGAAUAAGUCAGUGUGUUCAGACCUCAGACUGGUAGUGUAAAUGGGUGAUAUUUUAAUAAUAAUAAUAUAUGCCAUUUAGCAGACGCUUUUAUCCAAAGCGACUUACAGUCAUGUGUGCAUACAUUCUACGUAUGGGUGGUCCCGGGAAUCGAACCCACUAUCCUGGCGUUACAAGCGCCAUGCUCUACCAACUGUGCUACAGAAGGACCACAUAAUUAAGGCAGUUAUGGAAGUACUGUCCAAAGUGUCUACCAAUUUUGCUAUUAUGAUAUAAAGGUUAUAUGAUUUGGUUUGUAAAUUAUUAAAUACAAAUAUAUAUUUACAAAGUUGUAAAAACAACUGCACAUUAAAAAGCUUUACCUCUCGCCAACUCUGUCAAAUUAGCUCUACAUUUUUCUAGGAUUAUCCUCCACAAGUCAACUGCUGGAAAAAUGAUUUCCACCCAUACUUCUGAGAGAUAAAAUAUUCAAAUAAUAUUAAAUGAUAUAUCAUCAUACUCCCCAAAACAUGUUAAAGAUGCAGUCUCGAUGAAUCAUUAGGUAACCCCUCAGAGAAGUGGUAAUUAAUUAUUUUUGGGGGCAAAAAAAAAAAAAAAAAAAAAAAAAAAAUGGAAGAACACUCAGAUAACUAGUGACUUUCUAUGUUGGUUGUUUUGAUCAAAUAAAGGUAUUACAACCCCUCAAA